GUCUUGAUGAAAAUCAGACAUGAAACUGUACUCGUUGUCUGUACCCUUUCUUCCGGUCAUCAUUGCAUUGGUUAACUAUAGUUCAGGGAGUUACGUCGCAUUGGUCCCCACGCAGAUCAGAGAAUACUCAUCAAUUUCAUUAGCAUUGGCCAACGUUGGAAACGGUGGCUAUUCACAAUAUGAGGUGAUCUUUCAUAAAUCUCCCAAAAAAGGGCCAAAGAAAGAACUAAAAAGCGUGAUCACUGUUCAGGAUAACGAUACUACAACAGUUUCGUUUAAGACCGAAUCGCUUGAUGAGGGUUCCUAUAAAUUUACUAUUCGAGAUCUUGCGAAACCAAGUGAGACGCACAAUAGGUUCCUGGAAGUGUUUCGAAAAUCUUCAGUGAUUCUGAUUCAAACAGAUAAACCAAUUUAUAAACCAGGUGAUACGAUCAAAUUUAGAGUGCUAGUAUUGGAUCAUGAAACAAAACCUCUGAUCAAAUUGAAAAGCGUCAAUAUUAAACUUAUUGACAGUAAGGAUAAUCUUAUCAGAGAAUGGCCGUAUGCGAAAAUCCAGAAUGGUAUAUUUCAAUCACAGUUGGACCUAGCCAAUUUCAUAGCUCUUGGCAGUUGGACAAUCGCUGUCGUGGCUCGCUCCGGAGAUACUAAAUAUAAGUCCAUCACGAUAGCCGAAUAUGUUCUACCAAAACAUGAGAUUCGUAUCACCAAAUCUACACUUACUACAAUCAAGGAUAAAAGCUUACCUUUAACUAUCGAAGCUAGGUACACUUUUGGAAAACCAAUUAAAGGAAGUCUUUAUUUAACAAUUGAUGGUUCAGAUCUUCCGAACAAGACAGAAAUCAAUGGCCGAGCUCAGAUCCGUGUAGAUCUUCAAAACAUAAUAACGGACCAGUCGGACUCGGACGUGGUAUGGCUAAACGUAACUGCUAAUGUUGAGGAAGCUGGUUCCGGCCAUCUCUAUCAAUCUAGUGCAAAUAUUCCCAUCUACCAAAAACCCUACAAACUCACACUCCAGAAAUCAUCGGAAUAUUUGCUACCGGAGGUGCCCUACCGUUGUUGGUUGAAGUUGACCGACCCACUCGGUGAACCUUUUGAGCAACCGGAAACAAUUAAAGUGAAGGCAACACGUGACAUACGACUGUGGCUCGAUAAAACAUACAUGAUUGAGCGAAAACCCGAUGAAAAUGGAAUGCUGGAACUUCAGUUCGAGACUUCCGAUAGUACGAUGAAAUUGGAUAUUGCCGCGACGUACGCCGGAGAAACGACACACUUUACGAUACCAAGUGAAAUGGAUCAAAGUGGAGAUAGACCAUUUCUAAAGGUAUCUGUGUUGACUGGAAAUCCUAGAUUGAGUCAACCGGUCGAGCUGCAGGUGCACAGUUCUUUUAAGAUGAGUCUACUUCUGUACUACGUGAUUGCUCACGGUGAGAUCGUUGCAAGUGGAAAGCUGCAUGUGAAGGAACUUCGAUGGCUAAAUUUUCAAUUGAUGACAAACUUUAAAAUGGUACCUAGAGCUAGCUUGGUUGUUAUGGCUAUUAACAGCAACAAGCUCAUCAAAGAUGUGGUACAAUUUAAAGUUCAUGAUUUGAACAGUUUUGUCAAUGUAACUCUGUCAAGUGGUGAAACAGAACCCCAAAAACAGCUGACAGUAACGGCCAAGUCAUAUCCAAAAUCGAUGGUUGGUCUUUUAGCUAUUGAUAAGAGUGUGCUUGCGUUGGGAAGCGGAAAUGAUUUGACCAAACAAGCGCUGUUCGAAGAACUGGAGACGCCUAUUUUGGCGUCAUCUUAUCUGGAUGAGCUAGAAGUAAGUACUACAGUCUUUAAUUCGAUUGUUUUCAAUAUUCUGAACUGCUAUGAUAACUACUAUGGCGGAUAG